UGUAUGAACAACUUGAGGACUCCAUCGUUAAACUUUACUAAGACAUCCAUCACUAGGCAAAAGGAGGAACCUUCUCUGCCUUGGUAUUCCAGGAUCAUAUAUAUUUUAUGUGUUAAAGUAAGAGUUCUUGUAAUAACAGGAUGUAUUAAAGUCCACUUUACAUUCCGGGUUAUGAAAUAAUCUACAAUAGAGAAAAGAGGCUGAAAGAUAGCACGAUCAUUUUCUGCGAAACCUUUCUUGAAACCAGUCAGAGGAAUGUACAUCUGCGCCUUACAUCAGCAUGGGAAAAAGCAAUGGUGCUUGUGGGUAGCAGCUCUCUUGCUUUCUCUUCGCUCUUCAGUAGACAGAGUUUCAGGUGUACUUAUAUUCCCCUGUGGUAAAGACGGCGUGAGAGAAGUGCUGGCUGGCCAAGACACUGUCUUCAACUGCACGGCUCAGGGAGAAGUGGACUGGAGACUGCAACGCCAGGGCGCCGAUAGUUCUGAUUUGUUAUCAACAUGCGCUGAUACUUGCAUUAAGACGGAUGAUUUCAGGAAACUGUUUAUUGCCACUGUAGUGAAUUCUCGCCAUUCAAGUUCUAUGACCAUCAAAGCUUCAAAUCGUUCAGACAUCGGUCUUUUGUUAAACGCUAGUCUUCAGUGUGUUCUUACAGUUGGAAUAUCACCUGUGAACUCGGGUCAUUGUGAACUCAACUUUGUGUAUCCUCCAGAGGGCGUUUCAUGCACCGCAAUUAAUACGUCAUGGAUCGUGAAUGUAUCAUGUGACAUCGGCAGUGUCUACUCCUCCCGUGGACGUUACUUGUGUCAGUUGUAUAGGAGAAACCACGAUUCAAGAAAUGAAACUGUAGAAAUGAUCACGAUGGUGACGUUUCCAACCAGCGAGAGCACCCAGGGUGAAGUGAAAGUGUCAGGCUCCUGUCUGUUCAACACAACUCUCCCAGUAGAAACAGGACGUUAUGGUUUUUAUGUUGUCAUCUAUCCUGGUGGACGAACUUACAAUGCAAAAUUGACUGGUGGUUUCGAGUGGAUUAUAAAUGAAGGACCUCACAUGCCAACAGUGUCGUGUAGCCCACAUCCCUACGUGUUAGAAAACACUAAUGUCACCUGUACCUGUAAGACCAAUAGUCUAGGACAACCUGCAGGCUACCUGAGGUGGGUCAUUGGUAACCAGACAAACCAAGGACAACCAGCAAGGCAAGAGUACCUGUCCGUGAGAUCACAAGAAAUGAACUUUACUCAUCGCUUGACUCUCUCGGAUCAUGAGAGAACCUGGUUCAGGUGUGACGUCAUCAGAAGAGGAAAUGAGACCCGUGGGAACAUCUACACAGCUAAUGUUGGGUAUGCUGCAAAAGUCAGUCGGUUUUCGCUGAACGGUUCUGGACGGAAUCAGACAGUGAAUGAUGGAGACCAAGUGGACUUUCUGUGUGAGUCAGAUGGCCGACCUUCACCACACAUCUCCAUCUAUCGUAAUAACAACACUGUUAUAUUUAACGGCUCGAAUGUUGCCAACUACACUUUCAUCGCUCGCUGUGAAGACACAGCAAUGUACUUGUGCUCUGCCAGGAACGAGUUUUCACAUCACGUGACCACCUCCCUCCGUCUCGAACUCGGUGUUUUGUGCAAACCUCGAGGUCAGCUAUCUACGCAUAUUGGUGACUACAAAAUAUAUACACAUGAGGAAGUAACGUUUGAUAUCAUCGCUUACCCUGUGCCGUACGAGUAUCAUAUGUGGUUGGUAAGAUCAUCAAAGAGCAGCAAUACAAUGAGCAUCGAUAACAUCAAAGACCACAUGUUAAAUAUAACUUGUAAGGCUGGAAAAGUAAAUCGUUACCUAUCUACAUGCAUUCUGACAUUCGUCAACUUAACUUCCCAGUCAGCUGGUCUGUACAAGGUUCAAAUCAUCAACGAGGUUGGCGAUGGAAACGUCACCGUCAGAAUAGACUUCAGUGAGUGACUUCAAAUAUAUCACUAAUAAGUUUAUUACUGUUCAGCUGUUAUAGUUGGCACGAGGACUAUUCUCGUUCUUUCUCGCGGUAUGCUAACGGUGUUUCUGACUGUAAUAAUAUAUGUCUGCUGUUAAAGUUAGUUCUUGUAUUAUGUGCCUACUAUUAUUAUUCCUAACAUUUAUGAGGUUAAAGCCAAAUAAACAUAAAAAUUCUUUGUCCAUUAUUUUAACUUUGUCUUCUAUGUGUCCUAGAUGAACUGGAACAACAUAAUUCAUUUGCUAUUGUUGGUGUUGUAAGUGGCAUCGUAGUCGUCUUCAUAUUUAUUGUUGUCAUCGUUACACUUAAAAAAAGGAGGAAAAAGAAUGGUAGGCCAUUAACAACUCUUUCUAGCUUGAAUAAAACUUGGUCGAGUGAUAUUUUGUUCAUUGUAGAUGUCGGAGUAAUUUAUUGUAAUAUAAUAAGCUUAUUAUUAGCUUAAUACCUCAGGGUUAUAGACCACUCCAGAGAGGCUUCUUGCCUUCUACUUGAUAACAGAUAAAAUUUAGCAGCGUGAUGCUUCUUAAGCAUCAGGGUUCGUCAACCGCUCCCGGUCAUAUCUUAUCAGCUUUUUUCGGCCAUCCUCAUAUUGGUUCGCACAAUCUUCCGAGAUUUAUUGGUUGUUCGUGCUAAAGUGCCGAGAGUACUAAAAAGCAAUGAUGAUCGUUUUUAAAUGUCGUGAAUGUAGACUGCCAUCAGCCCGGCAUGUCAAUGCCGCAAGAAACUCGCGUUAAGGGGGCAAAGUUCUUGCUGGUGAGAAGAGUGACAGCAGCAUUCACUUGUACAGAACAUUUUGGUGAGGCCCAUAACAAGUUAUUGUCCAUCAGUACUGCUGUGAUGUCUUUGGUUCCUAGCCCUCCUCCUUAUAAUGAUUGAAUUCCAGCCCCACUUAAGACUCAUAACUACCGGCGCUUCACAACCGGAGCCCUGUCAGACGCCCCUGUAUGCUGUAGUGGACAAGAAAAAAAAGAAAGGAAACCAGCGCCCCGCCAGCAUCGUUGACAAAGAAAAACAAAUGGAGAAAGAAAUCAAACAAGGUAUUGAAGGUUCAGAACCGAGCCUCCCACCUACGUGUCAAGUAGUAUACGCUGUUGUUGACAAGACCAAAAACAAAUCUGCAGGCAAGUGUGAUAACUUUCAAACGGUGGGCAUGGAUAAACGUCCCAAAACAGAGAAUGGUCGAAGGAAAGAGGUUUACUCUACAGAAGACUCCAAGUGUAAAAGCGAUGACUUAGGCGAUUACCAGAAUAUUAUGGGCCCACAUUCAGAACAAGAUGAGGAUUAUGUCCAGUUGGAUGCUCGCAGUCCUGCCUCACGUUCUCAUACAGUCGAUGAUGGCAGGUGGCUCAACUCGGCAGGACUUCUUUACACCUUCCCCGCCUUUGAUGUCGGCAAUGGUGUGAGGUGUCGCCCACCGCCCACACACGAGGAGACAGAAUACUGCGCACUUCGCCUGAUGGCAAAUGCUUUCCCUGUCAUUGAUAGAAAAUCAAACGAUUAAGACAUAGGCGCGUGUGUGUGUGUGCGCGCGCGUACGAGUGAAUAAGAGGCAACCUGAGUGUUAUUAACAAGGGAGAUAACUGUGCAUGUGAGAUAUAUAUAUAACUUCAGUAAAAUGAACCAUUGUGUGAAAUUACUUGAAGGUGGGAUUUACGUGUGAACCAAAAGGCUUUUCAAAAUGUUUGUAUCUAAUUUAGUCUUUUGGUAUUAUUGGUAUGAUGCAUUUCAGGAAUUCUUAGUGGUACACAAGUUACAGACAUGUGAGUCUUUGGUAACAGUUUAGCUAGGAAGACACUUGAGAAUAUAUUAAACAUGGCAGUGAAUAUUAAGGAAGUUUGAUCCUGUUAUCAUACAACCUCUUAGAAAGACUAAUAUCGACAUUAAUCAGCUUUAGCUGACCUGAGCUCAAAGCCGGGAGACAGGUCACGUGCACAGGUCAGGCCUGAAUUAACAUGGGAGUUUGACCUUCACUUUCGACAGGUUUUCACUGAAGAUUACCAUAAUGAGAAGAUUUGUGCUGACGUUGUCUAGCACUUAAUCUGCUCCAACAGGAAAUGGAAUAUGGAUUGUCAUUAUUUUCCUGUUUACGCCAGUCUCGUCUGGUUAAACUGGAGACUUUGUCACUCAGCUUGCUAGGAAUUCAGAGAUUAAGAAUAAUUUCAUCUCAAAGUUCAUUAUUUAUAUAUAUAUUUCAUAUGCUCAUAUGAUUACAUAUGGAGUUCAAAGAACUGGUCAAUGUAAACAAGAAAAAAGAAAACAAUUCGAGAUAUGAAACUCUUUGUAGCUAUGUGAUAGCAAAGAUACUAAAUAAUAAUAUCUACUAUCUCAAGUGACAGUAAGGAGGAAAUAAACUAUCAGGUCUUUCAAUACACUAUUGAAGUAAAACAGUUGCACCUUUGUAUUGCAUUAUGUUACGCCUGCAAGUUUCGGAAACUUUUUUCUCUAAACAG